AUGGUGGAAGAAAGCACUCUCUUCUUGGUUUUAAUUGCAUUUGCAAUCGGCUACAUGUUUUUCGGAACACUAGACUGUGUUUUAUCUCUGGCGGUUCUUUGUCGCAAAGGCACAAAACUGUUAAUGAUGCGGGAGUACCUUAUUGUUUUGAGUAUAUUCGACCUCGGCGUUCUCUAUUCUGGUCUGUUGCCAAACAUAAUGGAAGCUUACGGUAUAAUUGGUGACUAUAGCAGCGAUAAACAGUGUAAGUUGACUCAGUUUUUUAUAUUUUUCUUUCUGGAAGGAUCAUCAUGGAUGUCUGUCAUUAUCACAAUCGAGAGAAUGGUUUUCGUGCUUUUCCCUUAUCUGGACCGUUCAAAGCGCUGCCAGGCAACUUCGCUGGUCGUUCUUGUUACAUUGCUGAUUAUAAUCAAUGCGCCGAUGAGUUUACUGUGGAAACUGGAGGGCAGUAUUUGCGACGGUCCUAGCAUCCUAAAGAACUCCUACUUCAUCAAAUACAGCAUAAUUCCCAGUGCUAUUUUGAUUCUGAGCAAUAUUGUCAUCACCUACAAACUCUGCACACAAUCAGCUCCUGCACGCGGUUCUCCCAAUUUGCAACCAGUUCUAUUGGUUUUCGCGAUAAGUGGCUUUUUUCUGAUGACCACAUUUCCAGCAUCCAUCAUCUUAAACCGCACCGAACAUCCUGAUCCUAUUAUUUUCCUCUUUGUCAGAUUACUACUUUAUACCAACAACACAUUCAACUUUAUAUUGUACAUAUUGGUUAGCAAAAUAUUUCGCGAAGAACUGUUGCUCAUGCUAAAAUGGAAGCGACCAAAUGAAACACGACUAACACAACUCCGGGUCGUAUCCAAUACACCGAUGUGA